GUACAUACAAUUCAUAAUUAAUUAUUAAUGAUCAAAAACAAAUCUUAAUGAACGGUUAAGAUAAACAUAUAAACAAAGUAAUAUCUAGAUUUCUUAUCAUUUAUAUAUUUACGAGAUAAACUAAGCAAACUCUGUUAUUGCGCCUCAUUGCGUGCCGCUGACGUCACUCGCGAACGCGGCCCCGCCCCCUUCAAUCCUGUGUUUUGACAUCCUCGCAUCAGCACCACUCCGCGCAUCCCUACAUGCGCGCUCUGGGCACGGAGGUGGAGGCAGAGGCGUGGGUCUCUCGCUCUUUCUGUCUCUCUCUCUCUCGGUUCAGCCAUUUAAAUAUCAACCCGUGCAACUGGUCAGGGAUACUGGCACCGAGACGCCCCGUUUGGAUCGGAUCAAUUCUCGGCUUUUUUAAGAGGAGCGUCGCACCGGGAUGUCGAGCCUCCUGGAGAACCCUCUGCAGGCGGUGCUCUAUCUGAAGGAGCUCACCGCCAUCGUGCAGAACCAACAGAGUCUGAUCCAAACCCAACGAUACCGGAUAGACAUACUCGAGCGCCGGCUGGAGGAUCUAGCGGUUGAGAAUCGGCAGCUCCGGGACUCCAGCAGCCAUCACCGGCACCCUCCCCGCUAUCAUCCGCCUCCGCCCCCCCGGACCUCCAGCCUGCCCCGAACCAACAGAUCCGGGACGCCCCCGGUUCAAACUCAGCAGCAGCAGCAGCAGCAGCAACAGCAGCAGCAGCAUCAUUCCCCUCUGGACAUGCAGCUUGUGCCUGCGGGACCCAGCAAUGCCAGUCCGGACUCUGCUGAUGAAGACGAUAAUGAUGCUCAGGACCCCUGCUGUCGGUCCCUGGUCCCACAGACACCUGCCACCUUGUGCCGAGCCGUGGGACUCCCACGGGCAUCCGAGAGUCAGACCGUCCUGCACCAGUUCUGCUGUCCCGCACCAGAAGCCCCGGAAGGAGACUCUCUAACCUGCUCCAGCUCGAUUCCUGCUGCAGGAGAAGAACGGAAAGAUGAGAAAAAAGACUCCCAGCAUGACACACCGCCCUGCUCACAUCCUCCAGAAUAUGAGCUCUCUCCUGAUCUCAAACAAAAACAGAUAGAGGAACUGGAGCAGAAGUAUGGCGGUCCUCUGAUUUCCCGGCGUGCGGCCUGUAAGAUCCAGACGGCGUUUCGUCAGUACCAGCUCAGUAAGAACUUCCAGAAGAUCCGGAACUCGGUUCUGGAGAGCGGGAUCCCACGGCGCAUGUCAGUGCGUAGGGUUCGGGUACAGAGGGACGGGUUCUCUGCUGAACGUGCGCUGAUGGAGGGUUGUUCACUUAUGGGCAUCCCACUCACACACUCCACCUCACUGCCAGUGACCACUACAACCACACUCACACACCUGGAGGACACAUUCACUGAACAGGUUCAGUCAUUAGCACGGUCAAUCGACGAGGCUCUGAGCAGCUGGAGUUCUGUUCGAGAUGGGGAAGGAGAGAAAUCCAUUGCGGCCCCUCCCUCUGGAUCCCAUCCCGAGGGGCUCCUGACAGGUUCCACUACCCUACAGGACACCACGCAGAGCGGCUGUGGGGAGAACAUGCCCCGCAGCGCCAGUAAACUCAUGAUGGCUUUCAGGGACGUGACUGUUCAAAUUGAUAACCACAACUUUCGCCUCUCCUCCUCAAUGCUGGAGUCAGUUUCCCUUGGUAACGGCGUAGCCAAGGACACCAGCUCGGAACCCCAAACGGGGGGACAGAACGCAGGCCAGUCGGCAUCGUCGGCCAUGGUGGAACCGGAGUUUCCAGCUCCGCCACCCAGUGAAGAAGAGAAAGAGAACCAACAGCCAACCGGAACGGACGAACCGACAGCAGGGGCGGGACUUGAGGGGAAACAGACCAAUCAGAAUGCGCCAGAGACGGCGGAAAACAGCUCAGAGCCCGUCAGUAGCAGCAGCACCUCGACGUCAGCGUGUGAGACGAUGAUUUUGUCUUUGCCCCGCCCACAUUGCCAGGACACGCCCUGCGGCACACUCUCGACGGAUAUUGCACGCAAACGCCUUUACCGCAUUGGACUCAACCUCUUUAAUGUAAAUCCGGACAAAGGCAUCCAGUUCCUGAUAUCCAGGGGCUUUAUUCCCGACACGGCCAUCGGUGUGGCUCACUUCCUGUUGCAGAGGAAGGGUUUGAGUCGGCAGAUGAUUGGAGAGUUCCUGGGUAACAGCAAGAGGCAGUUCAACAGAGAUGUGUUAGACUGUGUGGUGGAUGAGAUGGAUUUCUCUAUGCUGGAGUUGGACGAAGCUUUGAGGAAGUUUCAGGCUCAUGUACGAGUGCAAGGAGAAGCUCAAAAAGUUGAGAGACUUAUUGAAGCAUUCAGUCAGAGGUAUUGUAUGUGUAACCCUGACGUGGUGCAGCAGUUUCAUAACCCCGACACUAUCUUCAUCCUGGCCUUCGCCAUCGUGCUGCUAAACACAGAUAUGUACAGUCCCAACAUCAAACCAGAACGCAAGAUGCUGCUGGAAGACUUCAUACGCAACCUACGAGGAGUGGACGAUGGUGCAGACAUUCCACGGGAAAUGCUAGCCGGGAUUUACGAGCGGAUUCAGCAGAGGGAGCUGCGCUCCAAUGAAGAUCAUGUGACCUAUGUUACCAGAGUGGAGCAAAGCAUUCUCGGAAUGAAGACGAUACUGUCAGUUCCUCACCGUAGGCUGGUGUGCUGCAGUCGACUCUAUGAGGUCACCGAUGUGAAUAAACCGCAGAAACAGGCCUCACAUCAGAGGGAGGUGUUCCUCUUCAAUGACCUGAUAGUGAUCCUCAAACUAUGUCCUAAGAAGAAGACUGCUGCCACAUACACGUUCUGCAAGGCCAUGGGCUUACUGGGAAUGCAGUUUCAUCUGUUUGAGAAUGAGUAUUACCCUCAUGGAAUCACGAUAUUGUCUCCGUUCUCGUCGGAGAAGAAACAGGUGGUGAGUUUCUGUUCUCAGAGUGCAGAGGAGCUGCUCAAGUUUGUAGAGGACCUAAGAGAGAGCAUCGCAGAGGUAGCAGAGAUGGAACAAAUACGGAUUGAAUGGGAACUAGAAAGACAACAGGUUGUGAGAAAUCAAACUAACAAGAACGGCACACAACUAGACAUCCACGCUGGACCUAGUUCUGCUUCAGGGGAUGAUUUUUAUGAGAAAACGGGAAGCAACACGGUAGAGGUGUCAAUUCACAACAGGCUCCAAACGUACCAACUCAGCUCUCCUCUGGCCCCACCCAGCGCUCAGCAACACCUGGCCGUCCUGCCUAGCCCCGCCCCUGGCUCCGCCCUCACCAUCUCCCCCGAAACCCUGAUCCAGUGCCAGCAGAUCGUGAAGGUGAUCGUCGUGGACUCUGCUGGGCGUGGCCACGUGGAGGCGUUCCUCAGCCACAACCCCGCCCAUCGCCUCAUCCAAUCGGCCGUCUCCACGCCCACCAGGUCAAGGGAGGGAGGCAAGCAGCAGCAGCCGCCCCUUCCCCCCCCACCGCCUCCUUAUCACCACCCGCAUCAGUUUUGCCCCCCGACCCCUCCGCCGCCACGCCACCUGCUGAGCCAACGCAGGUACUCCAGCGGGACGCGCAGCCUAGUCUGACCAAUACACACAUACACAGACCAGUUUACACCUGUUAAAGGGACAGUUCACCUAAAAAGAACAUUCUGUCUUUAUUUCAUCACCCUCAUGUUGUUCCAAACCCACAUGCUAUUUUUUAACAGAACACAAAAUAUUUUAAAUAAUCUUCACACAGCUUUUUUCAGUACAAAGACAAUUUAUAGUGAGAACAACACCAUAAAAAGCACAAUUUGUGGGCUCUGAAGUCCUCUGAAGCCAUAUAUAAGGUGAAAAUUUAUGUACGUAAAAUUUGUUCACGGAGAUACUAAAAUGACUUUCACAGAAACACUAAGCAUUAUAAAAAUAAAUAAAUAAAGGUGCACAGUGUCUAUGUCUAUUAAUGCAAAGUCUUAACUUACUAUUUUAUUUAGUGUUGCUUCAAGUAAAUUUAUUUGUUUUGAUUAUUAGAUAUUUUAACUGGAAAGUAAAUAAAAAGUAGACAAAAACACUUGUUAAGAUUAGGAUAUUUCGCAGUUUAUGAAGUGUGAACUGGCCACUGUUGUUUUUGUUGUUGUUUUUUUUAUAUAAGCAUUUAGUAUUAUUUCUAUACUAUUUUAAUAUUUACUCAUAUUUUACAUUUCCUAUUUUACUUUUUGCCUUCAUUUAAAUUUUAGUUCAAGUUUUAAUAAUACUUUUCUUAUGUGCUGUCAUUUUUAUUAUUUGUUUAAAUAUUCUAUUUACAGGGUUAGUACAGAUACUGUAAAAUGAAAUUUCAGGACUUUCAAGGACUUUUCAAGCACUACUUUUUUGAUUUUUGUUUAAUUAGAGACACCACUUACUAAACAAUGUCUUCCAUUUCAAAUUCUAAAAAAGAAAAAUAUACUAAUAAAAAAUGGCUAACAUAAAGUGAAGCACAUACAAAUUAGUAGUAUACUACAAAAAUAUUAAGUAUACUACACUUUUACUAUAGUAAAACCAUAGUUAAUUUUCUUAAGGGAUUUGUAUUUGUGUAUACUUUUUCUUUCUUUUUUAAUAGCUGUACUGCCCUAAUGGUAUGAUGUUUUCUACUGUUAAAGGAAAAAAAUCAGGAAAAAAAAAACAUUUGCGAAAUCGCUCUGAAAUCCUGAUCCGAAACAAAUGAUUCACAAACCCGCACCAAAGUCCUGAUCUGAAUCAAAUGAUUCACUAUCCGUGCUCCAAAGUUCAGAUCUAAAACGAAUGAUUCACGAACCGGCUCUAAAGUUUCGAUCUAAAUCAGAUGAUUCACGAUCCAUGCUCUGAAGUUCCGAUCUCAAUAACGAUUCUUGAACCAUCAAGACCAUUCAGACCAGUUCUCAAAGCUCGAAGCGCGAAUCAUUUGACUUAGAUUGCAUAUUGCGAAUCAUUUGAUUUUGAUCGGGACUUCAAACCGCGUCUCGCGAAUCAUUUAAUUUGAAUCAUUUAAUUUGAGAAAUGAUUCACAAACCCGUUAUGAUCUGAAUCAAAUAAUUAACAAUACAUGACAUUCCGAUCAAAAUCAAAUGAUUCGUAAUACGCAAUCCGAUUGGAACGCAUCGAUACAGUAAAUCAUUUUGUGAUGCAAUGGUUUAACUGAUUCUGAGUUUCAAAAAGCUCAGUUUCACCCUUUUUAAAAUCGUUAACUUACAAGCGAUGUCGGAAUUCGAAAAUGAAUGUCUCUUUUAAUUUGAUCUGGUUUUUGCUAGUGAAUUGCUUGAAAUUAAUGAUCGAAGUCACGAGUUUGAAUCAGUUGGAGCGGCUCCAGUGUAAAUGAUUUGGUUGAUUUGGUUCAUCUGUUCCUCUUUUUGCGUCUUCAGCCAUGUUUACUCGACACUGUCAGUACUACUACUUGUUUAGUAGUAGUUUUCGAUUGUUCUGACAUUAUUUGAAAUAAGCAAAAAAGGUAUGAGUUUUUUUAAUUGUGUGAAUUUUGCAUGAAAAGAUAUGUGCUUUUACUGACUAAAUUAAACACUUAUGUCAUAGAUACACUGUUUUUUAAUAAUUCACUCUUUAGGAAUACUGCUAUUUUCAAAGGUUUUCCAGGACUUAAGUUUUAAAAAGUCACUUUAAGCACCUUGUACGAACCCAGUAUUUAGCUUAAAUUUAGGUUUUUGUCUUUCGUAGUAUUAGUUUUAGCACUUCUACUUGAACUUUAUUUCAGUUAGUUGACAAGGCAGACAAUAUUUCAUCUAAUAUUUAUUUUUUUAGCUUUAUUUCAGUUUACAAAAAUAGUUUUUAAUAGUUUUAACUCUGACUACAUGGAAAAAGAGCUGUGUAAACAUUCUUUAAAAAUUAUUUUUGUGUUCUGUUGAAAAAAUAACAGCAUACAAAUGUAAAGCAACAUGAGGGUGAAUAAACCAUGACAGAUUUUCAUAUUUACGUGAACUAUUGCUUUAAAACUAAACUAUCAUGUACACUCUUUCUGAAGACACGAUAGCACAAGCAGCCCGUUCUGAACUGUUAGGCUCACGUCGCUCAAAAGAAGCUACACUUAGAAUUGUUAGGUCCUCAUGGCCUUAAAGUGUGUAUUUAAAGUGAGUAGAUGUAUAGUAUUUUUUUAAGAGGGAUUUUUUUUUCUCAGAUCUUUUUUGUGUGUUCACCACGUCCCCGUAUUCAAAUGAAACGUUUAUAUAUUUUGAUUUCUCCUUAAAAUGCCCAUGUCGUGUGUUGCCCCGAACCUGAACUACAAUAGAUGGAUGUAGUGUAGAGGGAGUGACGUGAAGAUGAAUCUGUUUCUAGACGCCACCAUAAAAUAAUGUUUGCGAUUAUAUAAAUGUUCACAUUGUGUUUUGUAUGGGAAUAGAAAAUCACCACCCUCUUUCAAAGGUCUUACCUGAAAAGGAAAUCCAAUUCCAGUGUUUGAAUAUAAAUCAUACCUCACAGCAUUUCUAAAAAAGAACAAAUGCGAAAGUAAAAUAACUAGGUUAGAUAAGCGAACACCCCCUGAGUUAGUUUAGAUGCAGCAAUUGCACCCUUAAGUUACUUAACUUUAUCAAAAGGCAGAUCAUGUGACCUCUAAUGCACAUUUGCAUAAAUUAAGCUCAAUUUUGCUCUUUAUUCAAAUUGCCAACUCCUACUGAAAAUGACUUUAUUCCUGCAAAUCAAAUCAUCCCUCAGUGAAUUAUUCCAGCUGUGUUGUGAAUGUCCUGAAUCAAUGGUUUCGGAAGAAAUUUAGGUCAGGACGUGGCCACUAAAGAAUUUCCAACUUCCAAGAUAAAAGCUGUAGGUUUUGUCUGUAUUUGGCAUCAUCUACUUACUGUCUUAUCCUGUCAAGAGUCCCAGUGUCAGCUUCUGAGAAAUUUAGGACGCUGCCAUCCUGUGUGGAGGAAGCGCUUGAUCUCGAGAGCCGUGCACCAUGUACCUAAUGAGGGUGUUGACUGAGCUCCAUAAACCCUUUAAAACGUUUGGAUGCCCGGCUCCUGACUUGUGCCUUUUACAAAAGUAUCCUAAUGUCCUUUAAAAAGCACAUUUUGACUCAAUGUGAAUUGCUGAUCUGUGCCGCAACCCAAUUCCAUGUAGUACUUGCUAGAAAUAGAAAUCAUUAUUGUCCACAAAUUCUGAGGUUAAACCUAACAGGGGUUUUUACUUAACAAAAUGUUUGAAAAUCUACAUUUAUAAUAACUUUUAUUUACAGCAUUGACAAACAUUUUAAAGAAUCCUGUGUUCAUUUUCAUUCAGAUAGACAUUUUUCAUUUGAUAGUUUUCAUAUACAUUCACAUUGAAUGUGCAUCAAGUAUUGAUCUGUUAAUAUUUAUAAAUAAGUAUAAAUUAAAGGAACAGUUGACCCAAAAAUGACAUUUUGCUUAAUAUGUACUCACCCUCAGGACAUCCAAGAUGUAGAUCAGUUUGUUUCUUCAUCAGAUUUGGAGAAAUGUAGUAUUACAUCAUCAGAGGAUCCUCUGUAGUGAAUGGGUGCCGUCAGAAUGAGAGUCCAAACAGCUGAAAAAAACAUUGUAAUAAUCCAUAAGUAACUCCAGUACAUCAAUUAACAUCUUAUGAAGCCAAAAGCUGCAUGUUUGUUGGAAAACAAAAAGCCUUCAUUAAAGCACUUUAAUUCAUAAUUUCUCAAAGGAAAAAUAAUCUAAUCUGAAUCAAGAGGGAAAUAUGCACAGAUCAAGCACUGUUUACAAGUGUAAAUGGUCUAAAACAGUUGUAAACAAAUGUGUUUUGAUAUUAGAGGACAACGGGGAUAGACUUUUUCACAGUUUCAAAGUUAAAAAGCUUUUAAUGAUGGAUUUGUUUCUUAUAAACAUGCAGCUUUUCACUUCACGAGAUGUGAUCAAAUGAUGCAAUGCUGAAUUUCUCCAAAUCUGUUCAGAUGAAGAAACAAACGGCCUGAGGGUGAGUACAUUUUCAGCAUAUUUUAAUUUUUGGUUGAACUAUUUCUUUAAAGUUUUAAUGUAAUCAAAGUGUAUGGACAUUUUUUUUCUUACUUUGCUAAUGCGUUUUGUUUAAAACAACUUUUUACAGCAAAACAAUGCAAAAAAUGGAGAAUUUUGAAAGAGGGUGGUGGGAUAGUUUACCAACUAGAGCCAGGGGUCGGCUUGAACUCAGCUAAUCAUCUCGAAUCAACCUUUUUAUUGUGUCCGGUCCUAUAGAGCGACUCUGUAGCGUGUUACUGUGAUCAAGCCUGGUGCUCAGGUAGCUUCAUGUGAAAACCAGGUGCACAUCAAACCUCUGAGAAAAUAUCAAAUGUUGUAUACUACAAGGCUAUGACUGAUAAAUUGUAUAUUUUUAAAAAGUAUCACUUACAAUGUUUAUUAAAUUAUUAUGUUCAGACAAAGCAUUUGUGUUUUAAAAAAUGAUCUGGUGGGUUAUGUUUGUGUUUGCCACUUAGAAUUCAUGUUUUCUGCAUUGCAUGUCAUAAGAGAUUCAUAUGUUUAUGUGCAGAUAUCUAUAAAGAGCUUUUAUCUCAGAUGUACAACACUAAUGUUUGUUUCUAUUUUCUUUGUUUUUAAUUACAAGUAUCUACAUAUCUGUUUUUUUUCCAAGGCAUUAUUGGAAAUGAUGUCAUUCUGUGCUUAGACACGGAAAUUACGGAAAAGCAGCAAAAAAAUGUAUUUAUAAAUCUAUUUAUUCAUACAGAGUAGGAGAAUGAAAAGCUUUAUUGUAUAGUUUGCACAGCUGUUUAUUCAUUAAGACGAUGCGCUGAUCAAAUACCGUCUUUUCUUCGUGCACACCUGCUCUGACAUGUUUAUGGGACUGUUCAAUUCACGAACGCUCCUCUACCAUGCACCACGUCGAGUCAGAAGCUGUCAUUUGCUAGGUUAAAUUAGUACGUAGCGGCAUAUUUGUUUCCAAGAACAUAGCGACACAUUUAAACCCAGCGAGGGGCCGUAUUCUGACUGUGAAGUUGUGAAACUGCACUGCAUUUUUGUGAAAAUGCACCAUAAACUCCAUCUUUGAGUCGAUGGUUUCAAUCUAAGAUGAACUUCUUGGACUCAAAUUUCCAGAAGUUCACUUUAAAAAGCUACAGAUAUUUAUGAAGAAAAAGAAAAUGCUGAUUUUCAUGUAUAACAUUAAAAUAUGACCUUGUGGUGGUCAAAGCAAUGGUCCCAUCCAAUAGGUUUUUACGAUCUAUAUUUGUAUUGAGCACUAUUAUGAAGUUUUAUAUAGUGUAAAGACACUUGAUACGCUCACAUUCAUAUCCUGUAUAUGCAAUGUCACUUAAUCAUAUCUCAACAAUCAUUAAACGUGCAGAAA